AUGUAUUUAAGGUAAUAUUCAAAACUUCCUUUUUACGAUGGAUUUGAAAUGUUCCGUAGGCUUAAAAUGCUUAAUCCUAAAUAACAUAAUCCUCUUGUUUAUGCAAUUAGACCACCUGAAACUAAUCUCGGAUAUCCUUUGAGAGAGGAAAUAAAUGAUGCUGAGAAUCAAAAAGUGCUUAACAAAUUAAUGCAUCGAUAUCCAGACCUUAAAUAUGCUCCAUUAGUAAAGGAAGGACUUGCAGAAAAUUAAAAUGAAGGAUCAUUAUUUCGCUUUUUGAAGAUGUUUAAUACAUUGAGAAAAAAGGGAUAUCAUUUUGAUAAGGCAUUUGAAAAGUCUGAAAUGGCAUUUUAGGCAAAAAUGCAAAGAAAAAUCGAUUAAACUAAAAUAGCAAAUAAUUUAGCAAUAACAAAUUAAGCAAGAUCAUUUAUGACAUUAGCCUAAUAAGAGAUAGAGUUUGAAUAGAGACUAAAAAGAGAUAGACUAUUGAGAGAUUUAAAAAUCUAAGAGUUUGAAAAAAACUCACCUUUGGACCCUGAAACUCAAGCUUUGAUGGAUAACUACAAAAAAUCCCUAAUAAAAGUAGUUCAUCAUGAUGAUAAGCCAGUGGAGACAACGCAUAUAGAAGAUGAAGAAACAUUUGCAGAGAGAGCAACAAAUGUCUUUAAUUGUUAUUAUAACAGAGUAGCAACACAAGAUAAAUUGAAUGGUCUAAGUGAUAAAUAGAUUCUGUAAAAUAUUAGACAAUCACCAUCUAAAAUAAAGAAUAGAUUAAGGAAAUAUUUAAAAGUCAUUAAGCAUUACAAUAUUACCUUGGAUGAAGAAGGUGAAAUCGUUAUACCUGAAGAUCUACCAGAGAAUCUUCAAAAUUAAAUUGGAAAGGGAAUAUUUUAUAUAACAAAACUAUAUGAUGAUCUUGAUUUUGAAUACUCACACCAUGAACACUUAGAUUCACUGUAAUAAGAACUUUAGGAAAGACUUUAAGAAUAAAAAUACAAUAUGAAAAAAUUAUAAUGA